GAACUGGGCCGCGCCAAGGAUCGCGAGAUCGCCGCUCUGCAGGAGCAGCUGCUGACCUCCGAGGCCACUGUCCACAGCCUGCAGGCGGCCGUGCACCAGAGGGACAAGCUCAUCAGGCAGCUGCAGCCCCGGGCCGAGCUGCUGCAGGACAUAUGCCGCCAGCGACCACCCCUGGCUGGGCUGCUGGCAGCCCUUGCUGAGGCCGAGCGCCUGGGUCCCCUACCAGCCAGUGACCCUGGCCACCCACUCUCUGGUGCGCCCAGUUUGCUCCUUGCCAACAACACUGAGGAGGAAGGGGACAGGGACCACCUCCAGUCAGCAGUGUUUGGGACCACUGUGUGAGUCCCAGAGCACAGAUUCCAGAAUGGAGACAGAGGGUGCCUGUGGAGACUUUUCCACUGCUGUGGGGGUACUCAAGGGUGGGGGUGUCACCAGUGUCCCAGGGGGAACCCCACGGCAGAGCCAUAGUACUUUCCAAGCAUCAGACCUGCUAAAAAGUCAAAUGGUCAGCCUGCAGGCAAAUGAAAAUGUUUAGCCCAAAUUUUUUUAAAAACAAAACCUUGAAUCAAUUAUCCUUAUUGAAAAAUUGGCAACAUUUACAGACAAAAACCUGGAUUUCUGGCUUUAGACUUGCCCAUGCCUGCCUGGAACUGAACCCAGGAUACCCUCUUUAGCCACAGUGUGAGUUUUUUAAUUAGCCCCUUCACCUCUCUUAGGGCCAGAUGUCCAGGCCCCGAAGCAUGAGUUUGAGACCUCUGGUGGAGGCAGAUGGCAUCAAGUUCCAGGUUAUUAGACUGUUUCUUCUCCCCUUUUCCCUGUCCAGAUUUUCUUUCAUCCUGAAGCAUCCUUCAUCCCAGGAUAGAGCUUUUUCUUACUCCAUCUCAAACCAGAAUUAUUUUUAUUAUUUUCCAACUCAAGGACUUACCUAUUAAUGUUCUAGAGAGAGGAGAAGGGAGACAGCAAAAUACCAAUGUGAGAGAAAAACAUCAAUCGGUUUU